CUUGUACCAUGUGACCUCUGUGAUCAUUCACAGAUUUCACACGUAGUAAGCAAUGAUGUCAGAAGUGACAUCUUGCUUACUACUUUGCAUGUGAUCACUGAUUGGCCAAUCAGUGAUCACAUGAUCGGGACCUCGCACAGAGGUCCCAUACGACGAUCGGUGUUCGGGCACUGGAUCGCGCGCACCCAGUCCAAAAUAAAAAGUGCCGUUUAUGAACGGCAACCCACCCCUGGACUGCCACCAUCCGGCCGUUCAUAUACAGUGGCCGGAUGGCAAGUGGUU